GCUUAUUCAUACGACGACCACUGCUUGCUGAACCCACGAAGCGUUCUCGAGACUGCACAACCAUUUACCAGGUCGUGUGAGUGAGUAGCGAAGAUGACACAAGACGCUGGACAGUUCCUGCUUGCCCUUCUAGCUGGAGUUGGUGCCUUCACCGUCCUCCACAUCUUGGGCUUUGGCACAAUCUACAAGGCCUCCUACGCCGGUUUGGCACUUGUUGGCGGUUUCUUUGCAUACAAGGCUUUCAAGGGCGAGUCCUUGGACAAUGCUGCUGGUGACCUGAAGCGCAACGUGAACAAGAACUACCGGGAAGCCAAGGGUGCCGUCGGUGAUGCCUACAAUGAGGCACGCAGCAAGGCCAGAUAGACAAAUUGUUGCCGCUUGAAUGCUGAGAGUGUGCUGACUGUUCAGAAAAUGAUAAGCCUGCCAGAAAUUUUGCACAGCUCUGUUCUGCGGGUGUACUUGUCCUGAAGGCUGCACAGACGCCAACGUGACGCCAAUUUUGAACACAAGAGAAGUUUUCAAAUUGCCUGUGUUGAUCAACUGAGUUGAGACUGACUGAGAUAUGGGCUGUUCACCAAUGCCAAUACAGCAGGAGAAAUGCCUUGUAAUGAUGUGUCCAAU